AUGGUACUUAAAUUACCAGCACUUGAAUUUACCGAAGCACUUACAGAUUCGCCUGAAUUUCGUGAAAAAUUACGUCAACAUGAACAUGAACUUGAGAAUACAUCAAAUGCUAUAAAAACAUUAAUUAAAAAACUUAAUGAAGUUAUGGUAGCAAAUAAGACUUUAUCAAAAGCAUCACGAAGUGUUGCUGAAACAUUAAAAAGUUUUAAAUUUUUUGUUGUUGGCAGUAAACAAACGGAAGAAGAACGAGAUAUAGAAUCAUCACUUUCAUAUAUGGGUGAAGUAUUACAUCGAAUAGAAGAAGCUCGAGAUGCACUCAAUGCAUCAUCUGAAACUUAUUUAAAAAAAUUAGAUGAAUUUCGUAAAACAACAAUUGGAAAAGCAAAAAAUAAAAAAAAAGAGUUUGAUAAAACAACACAACGUUAUUGUACAAUGAUUGAAAAUAAUGCAAAAAUUCCAACAAAACGAUCUGAUUUAUUUCAAGAAGCAGAUGCAAAUCUUCAAAUGCAAACAAAAAAAUUUCGUGAAGAAACACUUGAAUAUGUUUUCUUAUUACAACAAGUACAAGAAAGAAAAAAAUUUGAUUUUGUUGAAACAUUAUUAGCUUUGAUGCUCAAUUUUCUAUCAUUUUAUCAUGCAGGACAAGAAAUUUAUAAAGAAUUUGAUUAUUUUAUUCGAUUUUUACAUCAUCGUGUUUUAAAAUGUCGAGAAAAUUUUGAUUGUUUUCAACGUGAAGGUGAAGAAUUAAAAUGGAAAAUGUUAAUGCGACCAGAAGAUCAUUUAUUGAAAAAUCAAGAAUUUGAUCGUGAAGGUUAUUUAUUUCUUAUUGAACGAAAUAAAAUUAUUGGUACAACAACAACAACUAAGCAUUACUGUCAAUAUAGAAAAGAUAUUGCUUUACUUCGAAUGAUUAAUUUUACACAAACAAGUACAAAACAGUUAAUUCCGUAUGAUGUAUAUGUUCGUCAUUGUCUUGUUCAUCCAGCUGAUGAAAAAGUAGACAAACGUUUUAUGUUUGAUUUACAUGGUAUUGAAAAAGGUGGAUCAUCGGAUAAAAUGGCUGCAUUUACAUUUCAAGCAACGACUGAAGAUGAUUUUGAAGCAUGGGUGUCUAUUUGUGGAGGACAAAUCAAUAUAUCGAAACCACAAUUAUCGUCGAAAACAGAAUUACAAAAUGAAUUGGAUGAUUCGGGUAUUGAUUUCGUUAAAAAAUGUAUUCAAGUUAUUGAACGACGUGGUCUUGAUGAACAAGGUCUUUAUCGAAUUGUUGGAAUGCAAUCAAAGGUUAAUUCUCUUGUUGCUGGUCAUUUUGAUGCACAUAAAACACUUGCACAACGACUAGCAACACCCGUUGAAGAAGAUAUGGAAUUAAAAACUAUAUGUUCAGCACUUAAACUCUAUUUACGAACAUUAACAGAACCUGUUUUUACAUUUAAACUACACAAUCGAUUUAUUGAAGCUGCAAUGAUUGAUGAUAAAGCUGAUCGUAUUCGAACACUUCAUAGUUUAUUAAAAGAAUUACCAAAAGAAAAUUAUGAACUAUUAUAUAUUCUUAUGACACAUUUACAUAAUGUAUCACAACAUAAAGAUAAAAAUCUUAUGACACCCGUUAAUUUAGGUGUUUGUUUUGGUCCAUCAUUACUUCGUCCAGAAUUUGAAACAGUUUCAUCUAUCUAUGAUAUUAAAUUCCGUAAUGCUAUUGUUGAAUUAAUCAUAGAACAUUAUGAAAAAAUGUUUCAACCAAAUCUUGAACAACAAGAUAUUGAUGAAAUGGUUGGUGCAAGUGAAAAUGAACAAUCUGCUGUUGUAAAUUUAAGUGCUUCAUUAUCAUCCUUAGCUUCUAUUACAAGACGAGCACCACCACCAACUAGUGAAAUGUUAGAAACAACAGCUGAUGCACGUCGACGAGGUUUAUAUAAUCCUGAUUAUUAUAUAACUGAAACGAAUAAACAUCUGUUUCCACCUAUGGCAGAAGACAAUACAAGAAAAGAAUCUAGCUCAAGUAGCAGUUUGGAAUCUCUUAGUAAUAUAUCAUCAACUAAUACUCAAUCAUUACAUAGUUCUAAUCCAUUCAGUGGAAUUAGUAGUCAUUUACGCUCAAUUUCAUCAUUAUCUUUUACAAAACAAUUCUCAUUACCUGAAAGUCAAACUCGUUUAUCAAAUACUAGUAUGAAUCUUUCAACAUCAUCAAAUAUCGAACCAACAAGUCCUUCACCUACAGGAAUAAAAUCAAUACAUACACCUCAACUACCAAGUCCGACAUCGAAACCACAAACUCGUGCUGUAACAUUAUAUCCUUGUACUGCUGAUAAUGAUUCAGAAUUAUCAUUUCAUUCAAAUGAAAUUGUAACUGAUGGUGAGUCUAAUAAAAUUCGAACAUCACGAGAAUCUGGAUGGCUAAUUGGUACAAUUAAUGGUAAAACUGGUUUAAUUCCCGAAAAUUAUAUACAUUUUACUAGUGGUGUAUGA